AAGUGCGCAUGCGCCUAAAAUGAUAUCUGGGGGUUAGAUGUGAAUGAAUAUAAACUCCUUCAAAGUUUGACAAAUUAUUUGAUCAGUGUCUCCUUUGAAAUAAAAGUAAUUAGUUUUGAUCAGUACUCACGUUUCGUGUAAUAUAAAUCUGAAGUAGUCUCUCGUAAAUAAAGAAUAAAAAAUAAAGGAUUAAUUGAACGUUAGAGAAUAUGGGGGAACAGAAAGCAGUCAGCGACAACCGUGGAGCAUGGGGGAACCAGCUGGAGUUCAUUCUUACAAUGGUGGGAUUUGCUGUAGGACUAGGAAAUGUUUGGAGAUUUCCAUAUUUGUGCUACAGAAAUGGUGGCGGUGCGUUCCUGGUUCCAUACUUCAUAUCAUUACUGGUACUCGGCGUUCCAUUGUUUUUCAUGGAGCUUUGUUUCGGACAGUUUGCUAGUCUUGGACCGCUCAAGAUUUGGAGAAUGAAUCCUGCCAUGAAAGGGGUUGGUAUGAGUGUUGUCCUUAUCACGGCAUGUAUCAUCAUAUAUUAUAACGUCAUUGUGGCUUAUUGUAUAUUUUACUUCUUCGCGUCGAUGACGUCAAAGUUACCAUGGAGCGACUGCAACAACGACUGGAACACGUGCCAAUGUAGAGAUUCGACCAUGGAUUUAAACACAACCAUUCCAUGGGCAAACGGGUCGAGAUUCUAUACUGAAUGCAACUUUACAGAUAUUGCUAAUACAACAACAACAAGUGCUAGCGAAGAAUACUUUUUACGUCGUGUGUUGAAGAGAACAGAAGGAUUGGAGCAUGAAGGUGCUCUACUCUGGGACGUAUCUCUAUGUAACCUUCUAGCCUGGACCAUUAUCUUCCUUGUUCUAACUAAAGGUGUUGAAACAUUGGGCAAGGUGAUGUAUGUAGCCUCUAUCUUCCCCUACAUCUUGUUGACUAUCUUACUGGUACGAGGUUUAACACUGGAAGGUCAUCAACUUGGUAUUGACUUCUACCUACAACCAAAUGUAACGAAACUCUCCGAGGCUUCUGUAUGGAGUGAUGCUGCGGUACAGAUAUUUUACUCGCUCGGGAUUUGUCAAGGAGGACUUAUAGCUAUGUCAAGUUUUAACCAGUUUAAAACCAACACUUUGAGAGAUGCACUGAUAGUACCUAUCAUUAACUGCAUGACUAGUUUCUAUGCUGGCUUUGUGAUAUUCUCCGUACUGGGUUUCAUGGCAAACAACAAACAUACCUCAGUAGCCGAGGUAGUGGCCGAUGGGCCUGGGUUGACAUUCAUGGUGUACCCGGAAGCAUUAUCUCAGAUGCCAGUGUCUCCUGUAUGGGCAGUACUGUUUUUCCUGAUGAUGACUAUGUUAGGAUUUAGUUCACAGUUUUCAGCUACUGAAACAGUUCUGUCAAGUAUAAUGGAUGAAUUUCCGUCGAUUCGAAGAUCCAAGUUUCGGAUGGUCGCAUUUCGGGGAUGCGGAUGUUUAUUAUUCUGCGCACUUGGACUACCAAUGACAACGGAGGGAGGUUUCUAUUUGCUCAACUUAAUAGAUAAUUACGUUGGUGGAUUUCCGUUGUUGUUUGCUGGGUUAUUCGAAAUUAUUGCUGUGAUAUUUGUAUAUGGAGUGAUGACGUUCAAGAAAGAUAUUGAAAUGAUGCUUGGUAAACGAUUGAUGACUAAGAUAGCAUUUGUCUUCUUUAUACCAAUGUGGGUGUUGAUUACACCAAUAUGUUUGUUGGGAGUUACAAUAUUUAAAGCCAUGCAGUACAAACCAUUGACCUUAGAAAGCUACGAUUAUCCUGACUUUGGCGACGCUAUAGGUUGGCUGUCUGCGGCUGCACCUAUUCUUAUUGUACCGGGAUGGUUUAUUGGCUAUUACUGUUGGAAAGGAGGAGCUAACUUAUUUAUCGAGGUUAAUCAUCCAAAAGAGAAGUGGGGACCAUCUAAAGAAGAAGACCGAGGGGACAGAUAUAAAUUACCUGACUUUACAUUGUUCAACGUUGAAAUAGGACCAGAGUCGGAGAAACAACCUAUACCAAACGGUGACAAAUAUACAAACGGUGACAUUACAAAUGGAAUAUCGCCUGCUUCUAUUGACAACACGGCCUUUGUAAACGACGAGUAGUAUCAAUUGAAAAUCGAAUACACGAAUCACAGUUAAAAAAAACAGUUAUAUACCGAAGUAUGUAAAAUGUCAAACGAUGAACAAUCCAUAUAAAGUGGGAACAGUCAUUGUCCGAUAUCCUAUUUCCCAUAAAAAUAUUUAUCUCCAUCAUGCAAGCAUUUUGCACUUUGAUCAGUAUGUAAUACAUUGUGUACAAACAUUAAUCAGUAUGUGAACCAAUGCGUACACACAUUGAUCAGAAUUUAAAAAAACAACAAGCGUACACAAAUUAAUCAGUAUGUUAAACAUUGUGUACUCAUAAUGAUCAGUGUAUAAAACAUUGUGUACACAGAUUGAUAAGUACAUAUAUGUAACACAUUGCUUACACAUAUUGAUCAGUGAUUCAAACAUUGUAUACACACAUUGACCAGAAUAUAAAAAAACAAGAGUACACAAAUUAAUCGGUAUGUAAAACAUUGUCUACACACAUUGAUCCGUGGGCAAAACAUUGUGUACACUCAUAGAUCAGUGUAUAAAGCAUUGUGUACACACGUAAAUCAGUAUGUGAACCAUUUGCGUACAAACAUUACACAGUACGUAAAACAUUGUGCACUCAUGUUUUUUUCGCGUCCAAUCUAAUGCUAUCUAUUAAACUAAAUCAGAAUUAUAUCAAUAUUUGCCAUAUCAUACAAACUCGUGUAAUGAGUAAUGUCAAAGAACCAUUCUAAAAUAUGACGUUUCUUUGCACUAACUCUUUCGAAAUCUACUUGUAUGUUUGAAUGAUCCAAAAAUGGUUUCAAGAAGAAAUUGGUGAAACAACGUGUAAAGCAGCAUUUGGUCGUUUUUUGAAGGUUUAAAACAUUAUACAAACAUUGGGUUGAACCAUUUUUUGUUCUUUGUCUGCAAUAAAUAAAUAGUUGCAAUUUCAUAAUUUGCAUAAUACUAUAAUUGAUCUGUUUUUUAAAACUGGCUUCUUUUACAAUAGUUGGAACUAAACAUAACUUCAGAUUACUCUUGGCACAUACUAGUUAACUUUACUCCCAACAUUUUUGUAAUAUACUGGAAGCCUUUAGGUUUUUAUCUUCAUUUUGUUGAUAACAAGAAUUUCAAUGUUACCGAGAACAUUUUAUAACAGGACAAAACAUCACAUGCCUCUGUAGAAAGACUUGGUCGUUCAGGUUGGCGCGGCAUAUAAUUAUAUCAUAGGUGGGUAGACAUGGUAAUUAAUAAUGACGUCAAUCUAGUCAUCAAUGCAGAUGGUACCAUAAUUUAAUUGAUAAUUAAAUCACAAACAGUCGAGUUCUUAAAUGCUGCAUCGAUCUCAAAUAUUAUUUGAUAAAAAUAUGGUUGUCCGUUUCGAAAUUAACUGAACCGCGUCAUGACAAAACCAACGUAAUGUGUUUGCGACCAGCAUGUAUCCAAACCAGCCUGCUCAUCCGCGCAGUCUGAUCAGGAUCCAUGCUGUUCGCUUACCAACCCUAUUACAAGUAAUGAAACUGAUAGCGAACAGCAUGCAUCCUGAUCAGACUGGUCUGGAUCAAUGCUGGUCGCAAACACAUAACGUUUGUCUUGUCAUGACGCGGCUCAACUGAACGUACAUUGAACAGUUCAAUAAUCUAUUACAAGUCUAUGCUUAUACAAUAAUUGAUAUUACAAAAACAUGAACAAUGAACAAAUACUGUAUUGACAACACUUGCCUGUCAUAUAGACUAUUUUUAUAUUUUGUUUUGUUUUCUUAUUAAAGAUAUUAUAUUGUCUGUAAAUACCACUGUAAUCAUCUGUAUACAGUAAAUUUUAUAUCAAAGA